CUCACACAUCAUUCAUUUCACAUUAUUUUUCUCUCUUUUCACUAAAGAAGUUCUGGAAAACUCUCCCAAUCCUCUAUCAAACCCUAGCCGCCGCAACAAAUUUUACGACCUUCUUCAGUGUGUUUACGACAUCGUUUUGUUGUUCCACCAUCAUCUUCAUCCUCUCCUUUUCAUAUAUAGUUUUAAUCUAUCAAAUUUAUUUUCAGAUCAAAGAUGUUUUUAAAUAUCCCUUUGGCCAUCUUUUCUUCUAGAUCUCGACAACUAUCACAGUAAAAAGAGUCCCAUCCAUUUCCUCUACAAAAUCCAUUAAAAAAAAUCAAGAUCGGACUACCUUCGCCGGUGGCCACCGCGCCGGAGUUUGUCACCACCGCACCGGAAUAGAGCUUACGUGUUUUCUUCCCAAUCUUGUAUGAUUUGGUCCAAAUCAAGUCUAUAAUUCCCAUUUUCGACAAACUUGGAUCUCAAUCAUGAGUUGUGCAGCAGAUCUGGAACCUUCAUCAUGAAGCUCUCUUUUGGACUUAUGUGAUAUACUUCUUUCACACAUGCAACAAAUAACAACAACAAAUCAAAGGUUUUUAAGAAAAUUGGUCACCGUUGACAGAAGAGAGGAGAGAAACUUUUAACUUUCUAGAAAAUGAUGUGGUAGAACAGAAUUUGAGCUUAGCAAAAGGUAAAGAGGAAAAGUGCACAUAAACUCUUAUCCAUUGGUUUAAAUCUUUAAAAUUUUGAUUUGCAAGAUAUUAGGAUUCGGUUGAGACAAAAAGGGAAUCAAAAAUCAAAUCAAAAAAAUUCAAAUGGAGUCCACCGAGAAACAACCAGGUUUGCUACAGCAGAUUGUACCACCGCGUCUAGAAGACGCAGGUCUCGAAGAUCCUGCACUUCCACCGAAAUCAAUCCACGAAGCGUUUCUCAAAGCAGCCGCUGCUGUGAAAUCGAGAAUAUUCACAUCCUCCGACGAAGAUGAUUGCAUCGACGAUCCAAAGCCGUCCGGCGAGGAUGUGUCCGAUGUCGUUGGUGUGAUUGAGCUGGAAAACAAGGAGCCGGGAGCUUGUGUUGAUGGGUUGCAAGGUUUGGAUAAGGAGAAAGAUGAUGUGAAGGAAAAAAGUGAAGAAAAGGAAAAGAAAGAGAAGAAACCUAUCUUCGUUGGUGGCUAUGCUUGAAACGAUUUCAAGGAAUUUUGGUGUUAGAUUAUAUUAGAACUCUUGUUUUUUGUACUCUAUUUUAAUAAGUUAGGUUAAUUUGGUGUAUGAAUUCGUAAAAUCUUUAUGCUUGUAUUGUACUACUAUGUAUGUAUAUAAAGUUUGUUGUUUUGUAUUAUAUUAGUUUCUAUCUAUACUAUUCAUAUUCAUAGAA